GUGAAGGUGAAAGAGCUAAAGCAAAGAAGACCCUACAGAUUCCAAAUCUUGAUGACGUGGAUAAGCUAGUGACAUGCCACGUGGACGUAGAAGCCCAAAAGGCUGAUUUUCUCUUAUCAUCUUCCUAAUCUCUCUUUUAUACAACUUUACUCUCUCUGUUUCUUCUUCUAAAACUUUUCACAAAGUCUUUGAGAAACAAGAAUCUUUACUCGGAGAUUAGGGACAAAGAGAUGUUGAAGAGUUCAAAGAUCUGAUCUUUGAGAGAGAUAAUGAGAGAAAUGACGGCGAGGUCUGCGGUUUUAUCGUCGGGGAUGUUCAGAAGUUACCACCGGCCGGUAACGACGGAGGUGAGGUCAAUAAUACGGUCGAGAGUGAAGUGCCAAGUGUCAUCCGUAAAACCCGCCACGUAUUCAUCAAAACUCUCAACAGAUAUUCCUCUCCACGAGUCUCCUCAGGCUUUGUUCGAUGAGUAUUUGGAAGAUAAAUCAAGAUUAUUCGAAGCAAUGUUUCCAGAUAAACCCAGAAGUCAUAGGCUUAACGAGGAAGAAUGGAGAAUUCAGAUGUUACCAAUAAACUUCCUCUUCCUUACUGUGUGGCCUGUGGUGGAUAUGCGGUUAAGAUGCAAAUCCAACGGUCAAGAUUAUCCGCCAGAUGUACCUUUAGAUAUAACCAAAGUUCUUGAGCUCAACAUGAUGAGAUGGAAGCUUAAAGGGCUUGAUCGAGUAAUGGAACCGUCUGAUUUCAGUUUGGAAGUCAAAGGAGCAUUGUACCCUGACCGAAGAGGAAAGCAUACAAGGCUCAGAGGUCAACUAGAGAUGAACAUAAGCUUUGUACUUCCUCCGGUUCUUGAGCUAGUACCUGAAGAUGUUCGGAGAAACUUGGCCAAUGCGGUUUUGACCGGUUUAGUGGAGAAUAUGAAGCAUAAGGUUAAUGGGAGCUUGCUUGCUGAUUAUAGCAGUCUCCUCAGGCGUUGUUCGAUGAGUAUUUGGAGGACAAAUCGAGGGUUUUCGAAGCAAUGUUUUCCGGAUAAACCCAAAAACCAUAGGCUUAAUGAGGAAGAAUGGAGAAUCCAAAUGUUACCAAUAAAAUUUUUCUUCCUCACUGCGUGGCCAGUGGUGGUCAUGCGGAUUAGAUGCAAAUCCAACGGCCAGGAUUACCCAUCGGACGUACCUCUACACAUAACCAAAGUUCUUGAGCUCAACAUGACGAAAUGGGAGCUUCAAGGGCUUGACCGAGUAAUGGAACCAUCUGAUUUCACUCUCGGAGUCAAAGGAGCAUUGUACCCAGACCGACGUGGAAGGCAAACAAGGCUCAAAGGUCGACUAGAAACAAGCAUUAGCUUCGUGCUUCCUUCAGUUCUCGCACUUGUACCAGAAGAUGUUAGGAGAAACAUGGCGAACGCGAUUUUGGCCGGUUUGGUGGAGAGCAUGAAGCAUAAGGUUAUUGAGAGCUUGGUCGCUGAUUAUAGCAAAUUCAAAUAUGAAAGAAAAACACACAACUAGUAGUUAAUAUAUGAACAAUCGUAGA